GGCAUUUCGACGCAAGUGUUGCGCAGCGGUGGUUUCACUGAGGGUGACAGCCAAUGACAAAAAAAAAUCCACACACUUGUGUACACAAAGGUCUUGGAGAAGUAACACCAUUUUUUUUUUUUACGUUUUAGAGGUUCGCGCUGAACCACCACGACGGACAGCUCCACACAGGUUUUGAAGUAACAAAAAAGCAGGAGAAUGAAUGCGAUAGUGGAAGGUUUUGCACUGUUCUUGGGAUUCAUUGGCUGGUUGAUGGUCGGUGUUGCGCUCCCUAACCGAAACUGGAAAGUCUCCUCUGUGGACGGAAACGUCAUCACCACGUCCACCAUCUAUGAGAACCUCUGGAUGUCCUGCGCCACUGACUCCACAGGGGUCCACAAUUGUCGCGACUUUCCUUCGUUGCUUGCCCUUAACGGAUACAUACAGGCGUCCCGGGCACUGAUGAUCGCGGCCAUCGUCUUCGGGACGUUUGGCCUGGUGGCCUCGCUGGCAGGAAUACAGUGCACCAAAAUAGGAGGGGACAACUACGCCCUCAAAGGACGCAUCGCUGCCAUCGGCGGCGUCUUCUUCAUCCUACAAGGACUGUGUACCAUGAUCGCCAUUUCCUGGUAUGCAGCCAACAUAACACAGCAGUUCUUUGACGAGUUCUACCCAGGAACAAAGUAUGAGAUCGGAGAAGGCCUUUACAUCGGCUGGUCAUCAGGCGUACUGUCCCUCUGUGGAGGGGGAUGCUUAAUGUGCUCUUGCAAACUCGACACACCCGAGGAAAAAAGAGCGUACGUCUACCAGCCGCCUUCCAGGGGGAACCCCCGCUCUGCUGUCGGGUCCCCACAGCACGCCCCCUCGAUUAACUACGGACGCAACGCUUAUGUCUGAGUGGUCAAGUGACGAGGAGGGGCUGAACCCGUGUUGUUUGUUUGUUGACUGAUCAGGGAUAUACCAACAUGUUUAAUUAAUCCACAGGGUUGGUCCUUUAUUGUUUAUUGUGGAUUCAGGUGAAGCUCUAGCAACAGAACUACUGUUCUCUGUUCUGUUGACUAUUUAUUAUUACUAUCAACGGUCCACUUUUUUCAUUGAUCUACAUGCUCUUGCCACUUGUAAUCCUUGGCUAUUUGCUAAUAAAACAAGGAUACUGCUUCAUAUGUAGUCCCAGUUGGAUAAUGCAAACCCGGACCCAUGACCUCAACGGUCCGUAACAAUUUUCCUUUUUUUUUGUGGGGAUAUUGGGGAAUCUGGGAUACCCGCAGCACACUGUGUAUGAAGCAGUACUCUCGGCUAUUAGAAAAUAGCAGUGCGGGACUGUUCCCCUCUAGGCUGGACAUGAUGCGUGUUGGGAGUUUUGUCACACUCCAAUAGGUACAUUUGAACCAUUUCAAAAGGUAUUCUGUCCUUAAUGUCAUUAAGGGAUUCUGAAUGAGAACCACUGCAAAUCAACCGUUUGAGAUAUUCCAACUGAGAGAGAUCUAUAGGUUAGCCAGACAACAUAGCAUUUGUCAGCUUCAUGCAUCUGGGAUGCCACCCAAAGAAAGGGGUUGGACCCAUGCAUCCACAAGGUGGACCAUAACACUGGCUUGGAUUUGCCCCAAACCAUCCUAGGUUUCGCAAUGACUGGCCAUCAAUUUAAUAUUCUUCUGGUUUUCGAAAUUAGUGCGCAAAAAUCUAUAUUAUGGUUGUCUAGCUUCCAUGAAGCCAUAAUACAAAAAAGAUGAGAAUACAUGAUACAUAGCUGGCUGCAUGUCUCUGAACUGCUGUUGACUCCCAGUGCAGCAGAGAGGAGCAGGUUUUGAAUUUUCAAAAUGUUUCAUGCAAGGAGAGAUGUGUGUGUUUCCUUAAAUCAGCUCUUUCACUAGGCAUAAAAAGGUAUAUUAAGUUUAUAUUGCAGUGGUUCCUCAUGGGAGUCCACUUUGUAUUAAAUCUGUACUCCAUCUGCAAUGACGCCAAAAGGUGUACAAUUUGCUUUUUUUUUUUUUUGUUUGUUUUUUACAGUUGUAGAAGUUAUUUAUAGGGUCAGAAGAAAUCAAAUACAAAUAAAAAAUUGAUGUAUCUGG